CAGGAACCUCACCUCUCGAGUGCGGCUAGGAGUUUGGCGUCGAGGAUCUCUUACUUUAUCUUUCACGGCUUAUUAUACCCUAGUAUCAUUCACUGGAUAUUCUCCGCCAAUGCCGACUUCACCGCGCAAAAGCGCGCCCUCGACCUUCGAGACAACAUGGACCGACUCAGAUGCAACCGCGUUCGACCCUGCAGCUCUACCUGUGUCCAAAGCCCCGCGCGCAUGGGACCGCAAGCCUGAGAAAGUCGUUCGCGGUGACGGGAAGGAAAAGAAAGUCUGGCGCAGAUACGCGACGCGCUCGUCGACCACAACCGUUGCGCCUGACGACGAGGAGCUUGAUUCGCGCGCAAGAGCUGUGAAGAGAUUGCAGAAAGUGAAGCCUGCGGAUAUGGAACUCAUUCCUGCGAAGCCAGACGGGAGAAAGCGCGCUUUCAAGGGCACGCGGUAUGAUCGGAGGAAGAGUGUUCUGCCCCGGAAGCGAACUUUGGGACGCGACACUGUCGGCGAUGAAACUGAGCCUGUAUCUGUGGAUGAGGAAGCUGUGGAUGGGGUGGAGGGCGCGACGACCGAGGAUGCCAACAGCGGCUCAGAAAGCCUGGAGAAAGAUGAGCAGGAACAACCCUCGACACCGCAAAACUUGCAAGACGAGGAUAGAACAAAGUCGUCAUUCUCUGUCACAGUUGAAGAGCGGGAAACCCAACUAUCGCCGGGUGCACUUGAGAGGGGUAGGCAAGAUAGGGAGGAGCAAGCGCAGGCAGCAUCAGACUCGGAAGCGAAAGAAGACGUUUCGCCUACCAUGCCUGUCUACUCGCCUCGGAAGGCCACCCCUCGUAGCCCUGGGGAAACAGACUCUGGCCUUGAAGGUCGCAUGAAAUGGCGUCCUGACGGCCUGGGCGAAGAGAUGGAGAUGCGCCAAAGUGCUGAAUCACUCGGAAAGGCCGACAGCAAUACAGUACAAACCGAAGCUGAAGCGACCGACAUACAAGAUGCAGGACUCGAAUCGCAAGAAGCGGAAACACCUUUUGCGCAAGUGGAUCUUGUAAACGACGCUGUUGAACCUGAUAAUUCCACAGGCGUGGUACCAAAGGUCGCGGAAGAUGAGAAUAUGGAUCUGCCUAGAUCCGUUCACUCGUUGACGACAACGGACCUUAUUAUACCCGGUGUCUCAGAGCCGCAGCUGGAACCCUCCAAUGGAGUCACUGUCCCUGAAUGUUCGGAAAAUGUAGUCGACGAACUGAGUGGUGACAAGAACCUCGGGAUGUCUGAGAUCUCAUUUCCUGUAGAUGCAUUUCACACUCGACCUAUAUUGCAGCCUGGCGAUAUAGAACUGACCGCCCAGUCAUCUGAUGAGGAUGUCACCGAAGCGUCCAUACAAACGGAGAUAACACGCAAUCUGGACGAGUUGACCGCACCUGCACCUGAAGAUACAGCCACUCCGAUUGCCUCCACAGAGCAGUCAGAGUUGCCUGUCGAGGCACCAGCUACAGCCGACUCUGCAAGUGAGCAGCCCAGCGAGACUCCACCUCAAGAGGACCGCCAAGUACUCCCAACUACAUCAACAUGGCAAGAUGCCAUGGAGCUCACUUCCGAAACGCCUGAGGAUGCCCUGGCCACCACCCCCGUCUCGGAAGACAGCGAAGUUCAGCCCGAGAUCAAAGCUGCAACCACCGCCCUAUCUGAUGAUAUCACAGAUGGCCUCAGCCUCACUCCAUCCAUCCCUGUAAUAAAAGCUCCGGAGAAGAAGCUGUUAUCUCCUCCUCCCCCGCCACAAGCGGACUUCACGGAAGAAACGACAAGCACAGUUCUCCUAGACAUACUCGACGAAGACACCGCCAUCCUCCACAACUUCCUGAGCAAAGCCGCAGCCAGCAAAGCCAACAAAGCGGCUAUCAUCACCCGGCGCACCUCUCUCCAAAACCGGCGGGACUCCGACGCUGUGCGUCAGGCGCUAGCCUCACCCCGAAAGAUACUGGAGGAUAAGGAUCCCAAUUCUCCCUCCAAGCUCGAUAAUGAUGCCACGCUUGACCUCACACAGACGCUGACACUUAGCAUGAAUCCGGAAAUGUCUGGUUCUCCUCUUGCAAAACAGGGCGCAGUACCGGAAGAAGUGGCAGUAGAAGAGGGAGGAGAGGCGGAAUCUCACUCUUCGACUACCUCCUCUCGCCGGUCUACGCGGACACGCAAGUCCCGCAUUCCUCCUCCAGCAUCAUCCCUUCAGAUCCCCAAGAAUAUUGCUCUCCGCCGCACCGAAGGCGGCGAGCCGAUUGUCCUCAAGAGAACGGAGGCCCAAGAGUUGGGUCUCUUGACGCGCGCGAAUACACGGAAGAAUAAGCAGGGUGCUGUUAGUGUGGCGCUCCGAUUGCUGAAGUUGGCGCAAACCGCGAGUGGGAAUGGGAGUGGGUCAGCGUCACCGGCGAGCGCGGGUUCUGGUAGCGAGGAAAUGAAGAAUUCGGGAACGGGGAAGAAGAAUGUGCGGUGGGAUGAGACACUGGCAUAUUACCGGGAGCAUUCAGAGACGAUUGCGGAGGCGGAGAGUUUGGCUACGCCGGAUGAGUUGGCGGGUGAUGGGGAUGAGGGGGUCCCGAAGGCAGUGGUGAAGAAGAAGGUCAGGGUGGUAAAGGACAAGGAGAAGAAGGAGGGGACGACGCAGAUGCAAACGCCAAGAGGGAAGAGGGUGCGGAAUCUGGGGGGUGUAAAUGGCACGCCUGCAAAGGGUCUUUUGUCUCAGGCCGAUGGGCUUGCAGAGGGCAAAGAUGCCGCAUCGGCGACGGCGGAAAAGGAGAAAGAGAAGUUGCACCGCUCUUCCAAAGCAACUGCAGGAACUACGAGAAAGAUUAAGAGACAUCCCGUAGGCAGUCUGGAUUCCGCCGAUACCGCUACUACACCGAUCUCCCAACUCCCCGAAGAAGCCGCAGACACCACAUCCGCCAAUUCCACCCUCACGACCCCAGCUCCCACAACCCAAGCGACCGCCCUCCCCAAAGAACGCAAAUCCCGCCUCGCCGCUCCUCGGAAGGUCAAACUACCGCUCCCGUCUUCCUUGCCACUGAUAUCUUCGGCUUUGCCGCCUGUGCCGCCAUCUGUACCCGUCCCUGUUGAUGGUAAGGAGAAUCAACAAGGUAGGAGUCUCGGAAUAGGGAUCGGGAGCGGCACUCCGAAGAAGGGAAUUAAAGUCGUGAUGCCUGCUCCCGGUGCUGAGGGUUUGGCUUCGUCCGUGCCGGCGCCGGGGUUGGGGGUGGAGGGUGGGUUGGCCAGACGGAGGGUUGGAAGGAGGGUUGUUUGAGUGGGGAGGGUUGGCAGUUGGACAUGGAUAGGAGUGAUGAAUUGUGCGUCUUCUCUCUUCUCUGUGCUUUCUACCAUCUCCGUGAGCGUUUUGGUGGCUAGGAGUAUAGCUGUCUUUUACACGGCAGUACGACAUCUUCAGGCGUUUGGUGUAUGUGCGUGUGCAUCUGCGUCGGCGUUAGUGUGGUGGCAAUGAAGGCUUUUUGUGUGGCUGUUAGCAUGGCGUUUUGGAAGGCAGGGAGGUGGUAGAUGUCGUAAUUACGAUAGUGUCGAGUGAGAUAAUUAGAUGUGAUAGUAC